AUGAACCUGAAUCCUCUUACUAAACAAGGCGAGGCGCUGCACUGUGAGGUCUGUGAAAUGAUUGUAGAAAAAUGGUUAGAGGGUUCCAGUGAUUUUGUUACAAAUAGUAUAUGCAUGGUGAGUCCUGGGACUCAUUUUGUGAAUAGUCAAGAGUUCUGGCCUGUCCACAUGCACAACCAGUGAGUCCCAGUUAAAAAACAGGGAGUCCUUAAUUCAAAAUGCUUGGUAUGGGCCUUUUAACCAGACAGUUAAUCUGGAGACAGAUGCCAAAACUUUUUAUGACAGUUUACUAAAAUGAAAAUAUAGUCCUAUAUAUUUAAAGCACAAAAAGACUAAAAUAAUUAUAUACAUCUUUAAACAACAGCUACAGAAAUCGCACAAACAGGAUAUUCUACCAACAAAUCUUCAAAUCGAUCGAUCAUCCUUUGCAUCCUACGGGAUGCAUGCCAUGAAUUAUUUUGCGUCUUUGGAUAAUUUUUUGUGUGAGGGACACAAGAUGCAGAGGUAACAAAAUCACUGGGGUUUGAAACCAUUCCAAAUAGUGCACCAGUUUAAUUUACUGAGAAGGACGGUAACAAAUAUUGUUGAUCGUUUCAUAUGUCCAGGAAGCCCCUACACAGAGUUUUUUACACAGCGACGACCAAGUAUUUAUGCUACGGAAAUACAAAAACAUUUAAUCGAAAAUCAGGUUGUUGACCCGCAAAGGUUCGAUAAGUCAUGUAUUGACACGUGAUUUCGGUUACUCUUGCAAAGAGUUGACAAUAGUUCCAAAAGAGAGCUUAAUCUAAUAAUAUAAUAAUGCUUGACUGAGAACGCUCAAGAAAAAGUUGAAGCAUGUAUUUUUUUUCAGUAACUGUGAUCCCAGGAAUAGGUACUUCUUUGACGAGAACUCGGUGAUUAAAACAACUGGGAAGUGAAGUUACUGUUGAGCAAACUUGUGAAGCUCAGUCGUAGUUGACAACUAUGUCUUGAAGUUCGCAAUUUGAUUCCCUAACGUGCUAAGUAAUUGGCUACUUCAUGAUGUAGUACCCAAUUUUCCAACGAACUUUGCAACAUGGUGUGGUAAAUAAUGUGAAAUCGACUGUAACAGAGUGAUCCAGACUUUAAGAGCGCUUUCCAUUUGUCCGAACUGGCCGGCCGGACCAUUGUCCAACCAGUCGGUUUGAUAUUGAAAUACGCUUUUGCCAAGAGUUUUUGCUGAACAACCAUUUCCUUGGUGCAUACUACUUAGGAUUUGACUGAUCUAGCUGGAGAGAUUUGAUUAAAAUGGAAAUUCUCAUUGCAUUGGGAAUGGUUUGGCCAGUCAGUUCUGACAAAUGGAAAGCGCCCUAAGUCUUCAUUUCAGUGGACAGCAAAACCAGCAGUGGAGUUAAACUAGUAAAACCACUUUUAUUUAUCCUGUAUUACCCUGCAGUUCUAUGCAAACAUCAUAUUGACCAGGGGGAAGGAGGGUACUCCUUAAAUAUGUUCUCUUGAAAUCCAAACAAUGUUCCCACAACUUGCAAAGCAACCAGCAGAUUUGUUUACUGAUCAUUCCUUGAAUAUCCACGCUCAUAGCUCAGCGUACAUUGUUGUCAGUUAAGAUGUUACAUGGUUGCGGUGACUGUCACAUUUUUUUUAGUUUCCCUUGCAUCUUCAAUACCAAGAAACAAUUACAACAUGUGAGAAAAACAAAGAGGCAUGAUAUUUUUGUCAAUUAUUGACUUAUUUUCUCUGUUGGUUCGCCUCUCACUGCUAAAAUAUUUACUUUAGGAAACACAUGUACAUGUAUAUCCAGCAUAUCACAUUGAAUGUUUGGCUUUCAAGCUAGAUCAAACUCUUUCGAAUGAAAGAGUUUGAUGCAGCUCAGCCAUUCAACAAAACCCACUCACCAAAAAAAAUUGAAUAGAUCAUUUGAUUUUUGAAGUCAGUCAAACAUUGAGUUGGGUUAUCAAACAAAGUGGAACUCACAUAAGGAACACUCGAAUGGAACAAAAACAAGCGUUUCAGUUCCAAGCAAUUGAUGACAAGUGUGUUAAUUAUUGAUCUAGUGUGAAAGCAGUCAAGGCGAUGUGAGAUCCUGCUUCUUUUAUUAUUUCCAUUUCAGAGUUAAAUUCUAAAAUAAACAUUUUCUGUGAAAAUGUCAAUACAUUUAUUUUGUUUACCAAGGAAAAAGUCUUUAAAUCUGCAAGUUGAAAUCAUCUUGGGAAUCAUCUCAGUUAUUACUCUUCACUCCUUAAUUGGCCUCAAUAAUAUUGUAGCAUAUUCUGAAUCCAGCACUUGUCAGAUUUCCCUGGCUUGUUGAGUUGACUCAGUUUUCACAUUUUAUUUUUUUCUAAUAUAAUUUGGUUUGUUUCGAUUUUGUUCAGGCAUCAAACUCUCCAGAAAGCUGGUUUGAUAUUGUUUGAUGGCCAAACUGUUUUGUUCGGGGGAGUUUGAUGGGAACUUUGUUUUGCAUAAUACAUUGUACACCGGAAGUAUACAUUUACUGCAGUAAAUUAUCUGCUGCCUACCAGGGUUAUCGCUUUACAAGUUGUGAGGACAUCAUUUCUUGCACCCAGACCUUGUUACUUUCCCCUGCUUCCCCUGGUAUUGACCCUGUACGUGUAGAUGAUAAUGUACAACCUGAGGAAGGUUGUGCCCUUGAAAAGUAGGCUUUUUGUUACUGGUACUGGUAAUCAUAGACAGCCUCUGUUUACAUUUACAUGUACAUGUAACCAACCCCUGGUCCAUAGUCUUAACGUUGCAGGUUGCGGGCAACAUAAUGUACUAGCUACUACUAUGAAACACAACUAUGCAUGUAAAAUUAUUGUAAUGUGAUGAAUCAGGGUUGUCAGAAAGUUUUGAAGUAGACAGCUGAGUUGUCAAAAAUAAUAAGGGGCCAGUAAAUUAUAUGUAUAUUACUCAUUCAGUAUUUUUUAUUCGUAUGAGAAUAUCUACAUUAGUAAAGUUGUCUUACUGCUAAAAGGUUUUCCCUCCCUCCCCCCCCCCGCCUGAUAGCCUGGGGAAUAGCUUCUGUGUUUUACUUAUUAGCACUUUGUUUUGUUUUUCAUACAACAGGCCAGGCAGAUCACCUUGGUAUGUGAUGUUGGUGCAGAACGUUCUCUCAAAGCAGGCUGGUUCAUGGAACUUAAUUUCAGUCUCAAGCUACUGUGCUUUAUGCUUAGUCAAGUUCUGCAAAAGUUAAUCUUGAAAUACUACUUCUAUGCUAAAGACAAAAAAUGUCCAACUGCUACCUCGAGUGGGCAAGGUGAAGCAAACCUUGCCUUCUAA